UAGUUUGUAAAUCACAAUAAGCCCAAGGCUAAAACCAAAAAAACAAAACAAAAUAUGAAAAUUUAAAUCUACUCUUUAAUUAUUAAAGUUGUUUUUUUUGAAUCUUUGAUCCAUUCCCUAAGCAAGUUUUUUGAAAGAUUCAAUCAAUUGUUUGGAAUCGAAAGUUGUGUGUAGUACAAAUUUCGGGUAAUCAAGUAGAGAGGCAGCUUUAUUCUUGUAAUCUAGUUUGACGGUGAAAAGAAAGCAGCGGCCUCCUCCAGAAAUGGACGGUACGGGCGGCGCUGAAGCGGCGGUGAAGGCUGAGACCGGAAUUCAACCCAACCCAAACGAAGGGCUACCAAAUCUCUGAAAACGCCAGCUCAGAAGGAUAAACAUAACGAGAGCUGUAAACGAUAUCGACUGAAAAUUAAAAUGAGGCAUGAGGAGAAGGAACAAGAGAUCCCAAAGUUGAAGGAUGAACACCAGAUGACGAAAAUGGAGCUAGAGGAAUACAAGUCUAAAAUUGGGGUUAUGGGAAAUGAGAUCCAACAACUUAAGAGAAAGCUUGAGGCACAGGGGCAAAUGCUUACUUCUUUGGAAAAGCUGGUAGAAUGGUUUGCGUUGCAGACCAAUGUGCAAGGCAGUCAAGUUUUAGCAACUUCGGGAGCUGUUUUACAAAGUGUUAAUGAAUUAGUGAGUUCGGGAGAGACAGGGGCGACAUACUUUCAACCUUCCAUGGCUGGUUUUCUUCAGCAAACAUGCUUUGACCAGGACUACAACAUUACGGCCCCUGCUGCUGCUGCUGGUUUUGCAAACCAUAACUUGCGCUUUGGGUUUGAUGCCCCUAAUAGUCAGGGUAAUAAAGCAGGAGACUGGACUGAUUCUGCUACUGCAAAUUAUAACUUGCCUGAGUAUGGUGCUACGAACAAUCAUGAUAACAUUUUCAACAAUGUCGUCGGUGCUGGACUUCUUCCUACUGGUUCCUCCUUGGAUGCAAAUCCUGAAGCGUCCUUCAUGUUUGAUGCUGCAAAUAAUCAUGAGAAUUAUGGUGAUCUUUUACCCCAUGGCCACGCUACAGGAUCAUGUUCUGCUCAUGCCCGAAAACAGUUUCUAGCACAUGUUGAAAAAGCAAAGACUACCGGAUGGUUGGAUUCAUCAUUUCAUUAUGGCAAUUCCAUAAACGGUAAAGAGAAUGGGGCCUGCCAAUAAUAACGAGUUUACAGGGAAGUUGAGUUCCUUCUAGCUGUGCCCUGGUAUUGCAGAGAAUAAGUUAAGAAUUGACUUAAAUUUGAACAUUUGCCUGACACACGCUGCAUUAUUGUUGAAGUCAGCAUGUUUUGUUUUGUUUUGUUUUUGCCAUUACAGCUGCUGUAGUUAUGUAAAGAGAAAGGGCCUGCCAAUAAUAAUGGGCAUGUAGGCACUAAAUCUGCAGUUCAAAUUCGAAGCCAUGCUCAAAAGUUUUUCUCUACGGCUCAUUGCUUUGAGUUCAUUACAAUGAGUUCAUUACAAGAUUUUCUUGAUUAAGUAAAUGUAUUAUAUCUUUUAUUACCAAGAUUUACUUGAUUAAGAAAAUGCAUUGUAUUAUUUAUUACCUUGCAAUGUGUAUAUUCAUAGGCAGAUUUAACUAGUCAGUCUGUUUCUCAUAUGUAUUAUUUAUUUUAGUUUUGAUUCUAAAUUCUUAUUUUUACUUUAAUAUUUACGACAACUUGAGUUUUAA